AUGUACCAGGCUGGCCAGCAGUACAUGCCGCACUGGGAUCCUCUUUCCGGCGAUGAGGGUAAAGACCGGCUCACGACCAUCUUCGCCAUUCUAGCGGACAGCUGCGACGGCGAGCACGACCGCUGCGGCACGCAAUUCCCUGGCAUCUUGAUCGACUGGACGGCCGAGGACUCGCGCUGGAACCGCAAGGAUGACGUGUCGGUCCACCCAAAACCGAUUUACGCCGGGGAGCCGAUCCUGGAAAGCGUCAAGAUUGGACUCAAUAUAUGGACUGAUGAGGGGAAGAAGGAGAUCGAGAGCGUGGAGAAAGUGCAAUCGAGCUGCUCGUCCAUUGGACUUGCGUGGGAGUAA